AUGGGAUUUCCUGCGGGGGAACUGAAGGCCAUCGAAACCUGUGGGGACCUGCCUGAACGUCCUGCGACGGUACGCACGCGCCUGCUCGGGCUUUACGGUGUUGACUCGCCGAUGCCAACGACCUUUCAGGACGAUAUCGCCCAGCGUCGUGAAGGUCACGAAGCGUUGGAGGCGUUCCUGGAUAUUUUCAACCACCGGAUCUUCACCCAGUUCUAUCGCAUCUGGCGCAAGUAUUCCUACCCGGCGACGUUCGAGGCAGGUGGUAGUGACGCGACGUCACAGUGCCUGCUGGGGUUGAUCGGCCUGGGGAUUCCCGGUACGGCCAAGCAGAUUGCUACGCCGAUCUCGCGCUUUCUUGCGCUGCUCAGCGUGAUGCGCCUGCCUACCCGUAAUGCCGAGGGGAUCAGCGCAUUGGUCAAGCUGUUGGCACCUGAUACCGAGGCGCGGCCGGCCAGUCUGUCGAAGCGUCAUCCGGUGAGUUUGUCCCAAGGGACGCCAUUGGGCAGCGUCGGCGUUGAUGCCAACAGCCAGUUGCACCUCGCGCUGUUCACUGAGGACCUGAACGAAGCGCGUAGCUGGUUGCCGGGCGGCCGGUUGCACAACGACUUGCUGGUGUUGUUGAGGCUGUCUCUGCCGAUAAAUAGCCUCCCCAGUCCCGUGUUGGGUGGCACGCCGGUGCUGCUGGGCAUGACCGGCGUCCUGGGGCUGGGCAGUGAGGCCUGGCAGACAGUGAGUGAUGCCACCACGUCUGCGGCCAAGGCCAUCUUCUUUAAGCAAGUGAAAACCCUGCACCUGGACUUUACCGGCCGAGCAGCGACGAACGCUGACAGGACGGACAUGACCGGGCUAACGGUGCCAACAGUAGUGCGCGUGUACCAACUGCGCGACAACAAAACCAUGGAAAGAGCCGCCUACCACAGUGUGUUGAGCGACGCUGACAACCUGCUGAGUGCCGACCUGCUGGAUCAGCAAGCGCUGGUGAUCAAACCCGGGGAGGGCGCACAGCUGGAUGUGCCGCUGGAUACAGACGCUCAAUUCGUUACGGUCGUGGCGUUGUUCCGCACGCCCGACACGCGAAUGAACACGUGGCGCCUGACGCUGACCCGCGACGAUCUGGACCCGGACCGAGCCAGGGUGAUUGAGCUCGGCGACAAUCGACUGGCCCUGAAACCGUUGGCACAGGAG